AUGACAGAAGAAAAAAAUUAUACUGAAGAAACCAAAAAUGAUAGCAAUGAAAAUAAGUACCUUUCACAACUAUACUCCUUUCUAAAUUCCAGUUAUAUCAAAAGUUCUUUUAAAAAGAAGUUAGAACAUGAUCAAAACAAAAAGAAGAGAAGACAUUUGUCUUCUCGAAAAGCGUAUUCAUAUCUACUGCAUAAAUUUAAAAAGCUUUCCAUAGAAUGCAACUUAUACUUCGAAGAAAUCCAAGUUCAAAAUGAAAAUGAGAAAUUCUUCAUUCAGAUAUUUGGGAAAAAUUCCGUUACGCUAAAAAAGCUUUAUAAAAAGAAAAAACAGAUUGACCAGUACUUUUUCCUUCUCCUUUUGUUUAACACGCUGUCCAACUUGCCUUACACCAUUAUACCAAUUCAAAAGUUUAUAGAUAUUUGUGAUAGUUACAUAAGUCGAGGAGUGAACCUCCUAAUGAACAUGAAUUCUUCCCACUAUGGCAGAAAAAAGCGAAUUCACAAAAUUUACUUUCAGCCGGUUUUCCACCUAUUCGUUUUAUUGUGGAAUAAUCAUUACUUUCUUAUUUCCUUGUCCAAUAACAUAGUAAUUUUGGCCUUUUUUUACAAACUUUAUAUUAUACUGAAAAAAUUCGAAAUUCGAAAUGUGAACUUGUUUGACAAUAUAUAUGUGUUAUGCGCAUCUUAUGUGAACAAAAUAAACUCCAUGUUAUGGUUCAGCACGUACCUCACUAUCAAAAGGAUGCUCAUAGACGAAUGUGAAAUAAAAAUUAUCAAGAAAAAAAAAACCUUUCUGAUUUUGCCAAUAUUUAUUGACAUUAUAAAAAUUCUAGACGUGUAUGAUGAAAUCAUAAAAAAAUCAAAUAUAAGCCCAUUAGUCAAUUUGUACGAAGAAUUAAAAUUAUUUUUUCUUUUUUUCUUUCAUAAAUUAUUGUAUAAUUUGAUAACAGAGCAGGAUAUGUUACCGCUCAACAUUUUCAAAUAUCUACAAAUUAAUAACAACAAUAACACAUGUAACAAGAAAAAAAAAAAUGAAAAUUUUAUGUCCCACAGAGGAAAUAUCGACAAUCGUAGAUACAACUACUACCCAAUUUGGUGCAAUUCCAAUAAGAGAGAUUCUAGUCAUUUACAUAACAGCUUUUACAAGUAUACCAAUUCAGUUAAUGAGAAUUUUGUUUUUUUUUCAUUUUUCGAAAAUUUCUGUUUAUAUAACACUUUUGCUGAAAAGGAAAAAACAAAUGAUUUAUAUUCUUCCUUUUCAUUUUCCUUCAACUCUGUUAAUUCGACAAGUUCAUCAAGUGAAAAUUAUCAAGGGGUGACUAAGAAACGCAUAAAUGAAUGUAAUAAAUUAUCUUCACAAGAAAGCAGUGACAUUUUUAGAAAAAAUGAUGAAAUGGAAAAAUCGUGUCAAAUAAUAAAAAUGUACAAAGAUAAAAUUGACAUCCUAGAUAUGCAAUACAACCAUUUUUUUAUUCACAAAUAUAAGAAUGAAGAUAAAUUCAUUUUACUUAUAAAAAGUUAUUUCAAUGAUUAUUUAUGUGCACUUGUAAAUAGCUUAUAUAUUUAUUCAAAAAAUAUAUAUUCUGACAAGGAAUAUGCACAGUCAGCUACUAAAAAUGAAACUUCUCAUGAUGAUGCGGAGCACAAAAUUGGUAGUACAUUCGAAUCAGAAAAAAACUGCUUAUCCCCCAAAAAAAAUACAUCUGAAAUGAAUGAACCAUGUCCUUGUGAUAUUCAUUCUUCAAUCAACUCAGAGACGACACCACCUGUAGUUCCUUCGAAUGAGAACUCUUGCACAUCUGAAAUAAAACGAGAAGAUGAUGUAGAAAAGUACAAUGCUAAUUUUAAAGUGUACAAACCGAACGGUUUAGACAAAUACGAAAAAAUUAGUCCUGAAGCAGGUUCACCUUGCGAAAUAGACAAGGUUGUCCAAAUGGACGUACUCGAAUUCAACGUGAUCGAAAGACAGAAGAUUCAACAACAGGAAAGCGACUUUUCUAAAAGAAUAAGAAAAAAAAAGAAAAGAAAGAAAUUCAGACAUAUGGAGGGAAAAAUUGUAAACACACUGAUAAGUUUUGUAGAAGUAAUUUACAAAAAUAUCUUCAAGAAAGUGAUAAAAAAAAUACGUAGCAGCAAAAGCAUAAAUGAUUUGAAGCUCUAUUCUUAUGUGGAGAAAAUAUUCGAACAUAAUACAUAUUAUUGUUUAAAAAAGAGAUUAAAAAAAUUUUGUUUUACCCUUUUUUAUUCUGUUACUCUGAAAAAUUUAAUUAAAAGCUAUAUAUAUAAAAUAAAAAAGGAAAGAGUAAAUAAAAAUAAUUUCGAAACUUUCCAAUCUACUUUAAUAUACGAUACCUGUAGUUUUAUCAAAAUAUACAAUCAAUUAAAUGAAAUAAAUUGUAAGGAUUUCUUUAAAAAUAAAUACAUUAAUUUUCUUGUGUAUAUAAAAAAUAUUCUCACUUUACCUCCAGACAAAUUAAUACAUUACCCUCUAAAAAAUAGGCACUUUUUUUUCUACAUAAAAAAUAAACGAGUCGAUAUAAAUUUUAACAAUUUUGUACAACAAUAUAAAUUUCCUUAUGAAAAUAUUAUGCACAAAACAAAUGAACACAACUAUCACAUCCUUCUGAACAGUCAGAAUUCGCAAAUUUCACAAACCAAGUAUUACGGCGCUGAGAGCACAAAUCAAAAAACAACAGAAUGUUUGAAAAAAAAUAUUCUAGAACAGGCCAUUUGCAGCUUGUUCAGUUCUCUCAGUUCGCGCAGUCCAACUGGCCAGAUUAACCUGACCUGUAAGGUGGAUGGAGAAGAACACUCGAAUUGUUACCUGGGGGUGUGUGCAAACCAAGAAUAUAGUUUCAUACAAUCCGUUUGUGAUAGAAACGUUCCUUAUGACAGACCCACCAGUGUUGAUACGGACCAGUUUGGUUUACAAGGGGAAAUAACGGAGAGAGCGGAAAGAAAGAAGAUAGCGGAAAUAACGAAGAUAGCGGAAAUAACGAAGAUAGCGGAAAUAACGAAGAUAGCGGAAAUAACGAAGAUAGCGGAAAUAACGAAGAGAUCAGAAAAAGUGGGAAAAAAAAAUUAUGAACACGAUCAGGCACAAAAUGAACCAGUCAAAAAAAACGAUUUAGCUAGCCAAGGAAAAAUUAUGAACAAUUUCGAAAGUGAAAAAAAAAUUUCACAAAGUAAUUUCAUCGCAUCUGAAAAUAUUAGUGUCACGUCGAAGCAGUCAUUGGCAGAAAAAGUUUACCUCGAAAGUGAUGAAGAUUUAGAUACCAUGGCUAAUCCGGAGUCUUUGUGUUGUGACGUUAGUAGUGUGCACAGCUAUGAUUUUGAGGAAAAAAAAAAUAAAAAAAGUAGUGCUACCAAAGGCAGUAACAGCGAUGGUAGUGGUGGUUGUGGCCCAUUCGGCAUGACAGAGGAAGAAAAAAAGUACUGCACAAAGGUUUACAUAAAAAAUACCAAAGAUCAAUUUGAGAGAAAACUGAUGGUUUUAAAAAAUGAUAAAUUAUACUUUUACAACUCAGAAUAUGCCAUUUCUUAUGAUUCCUUUUACUUCUUAAUGGAAGUAAAAAAAGUAUAUUCCUGUGAUGGAUUCUUCGAUUCUCUUAUCAAUUCACAAAGGAUAAGUGUUAUCAACUCUACUUAUUCCUCCACUGAGGACGACGAAUUCUGUUCUAGGAGUGAGGCCAGUAUCUUUUCUGAAAGCGAAUGGCAGAAAUGUGGCUUCGAUGCAAAAAUAAUCUUUCACAAUGCACUGCGCAAAAACAUACAGCUAAUGUUCAUCGAUGAAUCUUACGAAAAAUUGGUAAAAAAAAUAAAUGACUCUCUAACGCGCGAAACGGAUAGAACAUUUGAAUACACCAAUUUAAGUUACGAUGAGAAAAUGGAAAAGAAAAUUAUUUCUGAAUAUUUACAAAAAAAUGUGAACGAUCAGGAUAACAACACUUCUAACAGUUCCAACUCCAAUAACAGUAACAGUAAGAGUAGUGCAUUUCAAAAUGAAGACUUAGAUGGGGAUCCAUCAAAUGAUAGAAUGAGCAAUGAUGAAGAGAAUGAGAAAGUUCUGCAGGAAGAGGGGAGAUCUAUCAAUGAUGUUAUGAGUUCAUAUGAUAAAUUUGGAUAUAGUGAAAACGACCACCACACACCCAAGGAUGCAACAAAUGAAGGGGAUAUCCAAAAUAGUGUACGCCCAAACGAAUCAGAUGAAAGCGAAAAUUUAUUAAAUAAAAUUCUGAAAGAUAAUCAAGACACUACUAUCAGCAGGAGAAAAAAUUCAUCAAAUGGAAAUAUGCAAAGAUACCCAAAUUUAGUCGAAUACAAAUAUGCAUCCAGCAGUACCGAUAUCUAUAUAAAAGAGAAAAAAUAUUUUUACAAAAAAAAAAAAAUAAAAGUCAGAAAGGAAAAUAAAAUGAAACUUUUUAAAAACAUUGACAAAAAUGAUAUAUAUAAUUUAUUCUAUGAAGAGAUAUGCAGAUUGUGUAAAAACAAAAAUAAUAACAUUUCAAAGACAAAUGCAGAUGAUCUUUUUUUUCACAAGUCUGUAAAUAAGCUUUACCACACUGUUAAUAUGUGCUAA